AGAUCUGGUUCGUCUCAUUCUAUCUCUUCUACUUCUUGUUUCUACUUUCUGUAAGAUCUAUUAGAGGAGCGGCCAUCGGAAGAAAGAAAAGCAAGAAAAAAUUUGUUAAGUUUACUGUCUUGGUGUUGUCAGCCACGGCAUCAGAGCCUAAAAUAAUUCAAGGUGGAGCAUUCAUGAGCAGGGCCUGGACCACUGUGUUCAUCGGUUCUUUGUGUAAAAUGUUCCAUUGGUAAAUGAGCUAAAGCCUGCCCAACCUAUAAAAACGGUGUAAGAGCUAACCCUACUGUCCUGCCCGACCCAAAAAAGAAAGGUACGGAAGAGCUAAGUCCCGCUCGACUCAUGCCUUUCCCAAUUUCUAUACCCUAACUCUGACCUUAGCUCGAUUGACCGAAAGAAAAACACGACCCUUUCUCGAGCUCAAAGCGGCCUGAACACCAGAAAAAACGAGUUAGUAAUGGAUUCCGCAACAACAGCAGCGGCCGGGGAAAAGCCCGUCAUUUUUCAAGCUAUGGCUACAGAUGAUGAGACGAUGGUGAUGAGGAAUAUCUGGUUGAUCAUCAAACCCAACCGUCAGAAAGGAAUCUUCGAAACUUUCAAAGACAUAGAGCCGCUGGAAGAUAAGGAACGCUUUGGAAGUGCUCUUUUGGGGACAAGUUCUAUCUUUGUGAAAUCCUCCUUGUAUGCAGUGGGUGGCCGAAAGCCCAACAGUGAUGAGUUGAGCAGCUGUAUCCGCUAUCUUGACACCAAUAAGCUUUCCGAGGGCUGGAAGGUCGGCACCCUACCAUCUGCUUCUUUUGAUUCUGUCCUUGGCGUUUAUGAUGAUUCCAUAUACAUACUUCCUGGUAUGUGGAAUACGUAUCCUACAAAACAAGAGGGCUACAUCUGGAACGUCAUAAACAAUGAAUGCCUUCAAACCAGAAUACACCCUCCAGAAGAUGGAGACGGGCAGUGGCGUAGGAUUCGUGCUUGUGCUUCUUUAGAUGAAGGGCUUCUAAUUGCUAUGGAUGGAGAGAAGAACAACUUCUUUCUCUAUAACCAAGAGAACAAUGAUUGGAAGAUUUACAAUAUUCAGGAUCCACUUCCCAAGUUUAUUGGUGAGACUAGCUUCGCAGCAUUUAAUGGGAGACUGUACUUCUUGGAGGUUCGAAGUAUGUCCCCUGCCUUCUUAUUCGUCUAUGAUAUUAACAAAGGGAAGCUUGUGAUGGACAAAAAGCCUAUUCCAGAGUUUGAUGAUGACUUGUGGUCAAUGGAUAAGUGGGAUAGAGUGGUCCGCCUAGUUCCCGUGGCUGAUGACAAGCUCUGUUUUCUGUGGCUUGGUCCUGUUACUUAUGAAAAUGAAGAUGUGUGGCAUCCUGUUCGAAUCCUUCACUGUCUCAAGGUUAAGUUUUCCAUCAAUCCUAAUCCUUCUAAUUCAGAGGUUAAGGUUGAGGCCGAUAAAGGAUUUCACACAAACAUCACUAAUUUAUUAGAUUGCCUGCCAUGUAGUGACCCUGAACAAUUUGAACCUGAAUUGGAAGGCAGAUCUCCUCUCUACCCCCGGCUUGAUGCAUUUCAAAAACAACAGACAGACAAGUCUUCCACUGAAGAAAUAGGAACAUGGUUGAUUUCUGGCAAACAAUUUCAAAAUCAAGCGAAGGACAUUACUUCCCCUAUAGAAAAAGGAAAAAGAAAAAGGUUUUUACCGGUUUACCUGGUCCAUUUUUUCUUUUUUAAUUUCAGCCAGUGGCGUUACACGAAAUAUGCACCUUGAUUUCUGAGAUUGUUUUUCUGUUGGUAGGACUCAGCCUGUAGAUCCACCAUUAUCACAUCAUGAACAGAAAAGGGCUAAGGACAGGGAAUGGAAGUUAAAAAGGAAGACUCAAAUUUCAAUUGAAUUAGAGAGAAAAUUAGAACAAUCAGAGAAAGAUAAUAUGGUCUUGACGCAUGAGGUGGAAGUAAGAGCUCUCGAGGCGGAAAAAAGGAAAGCCGAGCUCGAGGCGGAAGUAAGGAAAGCCGAGCUCGAGGCGGAAAAAAGGAAAGCCGAGCUCGAGGCGGAAAAAAGGAAAGCCGAGCUUGAGACGGAAGUAAGGAAAGCCGAGCUCGAGGCGGAAAAAAGGAAAGCCGAGC